UCGACGACUCGUAUCAGUGCGCGAGUGAAUAUAGAAGAGAGACCAUUUCAGAACUAGUCUCCAGUGGAACUGCAGGGACGAAGACAAUGUGUUCGACGGACUUCUACAGGGAUGGAGAAUCUGGGAAGUGCCAGCCUUGUAACGAGUUGUGCCAUCAAGCCGAAGUUAGAGGAACUGUCGAGCUUUGCACCAGACUGUGUCCAGUGUCUUCAGAUAACUCUGUUCCGGAGGAUUACGUUGUCACGGCAACAACCACCAGUGCAACUGAGACAGCAGUCAUUGCACCGAUCGAUGAUGGGGACCUGAUACCAGAGGGGGUGGUCAUCACACUGGCAGUGGUCAUCAUCUUAGUGUCCCUGGCGGCCUUGGUCAUCCUUCUGUUCUUUAAAAGAAGAGCUGAGUUGUGUUUGGGAACUGAGCAUGACUCAAAACGGUCUCGAAAAGACACGAACCGUACCUGUAGGCUUAAUGUAUCUUCAAUCAGUGCAGCACUUUAGACUUUGUGAAGCAACCUGACUCUGUUAUCUUAUUGUGUCGCAUUAAGUGUUGUUAAGUUUAUGUCUGUAGAUUUAUUCAUGUGAAGAUAGGUAGGUAUUGCGGUACGUACAAAUGUAUUCAGUAGCCCUUGGGGCGACCAUUGCAUAUUCGGGAGGGUAAGAGGGCGUGGAUAUGAUAUUGAUAGAAACAGAAUUUUCAUUUUCAAACAUAUGGUCACUUGACACGUCUCAGUUUUGUAGGUUGUCAAUAAAAAAGAAAUGAUAACAUUUCUGUGCCAUGUAACACACUUCAUGACCCAACGGAGGAGAUCAUGGGUAUAUUUAUUUAACUACAGUUCUAACCCUGUGCACUAUCAGGUGAUACGACCCUGUUAUCUAAACGUUACGUGUCUGAAACCAUUCGCCGAAGAACUGCAAGCUUAAGGCCCAACACUCCACCAUAAUGCCCGUUCCAAAUACACCACCAUCGAAAAAACAAUUUCAUUACGGUCUCCACAGAACAUGAACUAAAACGUUGGCUAAUAUUGGCAACACCGAAGUCAUAAUCAAAGAUUUAUAACUCUUGUACUACUUUUGUCGUUCAGGAACACACUAUUGAGUUUUAUUUGUUCUGAAUUUACUCGAUUAUUGGUUAACAUGGAUGCACAAAGAUACGUUUAUUAUUAAAAACAUAAAACACAAAUUAUACAUAAUCAUGAUGGCAAGAUUACAAUACAAACAUCAUCAUAAGUUUUGUUUAUGUUGUUUUUAAUGAACUUACCAUAUUAUGUUUUACGAAUGUCGCAAUAUGUGUGUAGAAUUGCCUUUAGUAGUUUUCAUUCUCAUAGUGUAGGACCAUUGAGGACCGCGUUGACAUGUGUUCUGUUAUCUAUUAUCGAUGGUUCAUGUUACUGAAGAAAAUAGUUGCAUUUCACGUUUCACGGGUCGAUGUUUCACUUUUAGUUCAUGUGUGUGACCUAAGGUUUCUCAUUUGUUCGGAUGUUUCAUGUUCACGCAAGGCAAUGCAAUAACGGAUCCCUAAACUACGUAUACUAGACGGGUCAUUCUAGAUGUGUAGAUAACUUAACAUGCUGUUGUAUUAAUUCUUGUCGUUAUGUCACUCCCCAACAGACAAUAUAUAUGGUAUCCAUUGUUAACUAUUUUAUUUUAGGAUAUUGUUACCAAAUUCCCAGCCAGAGACGAUGGUCGAAAUGACAACAACUUUUUAAAAGUAAUUUUCGUCGGUUGAAAAACGGGCAAAUGUGUUUAAAAUGACAAGUCAAGGGAUUAUAUACUUCGCGUCCUUUAUUGUCCUAUUUUGCAUUUAUUUUCAGAAUUGAAAUUAGUUAACAGAAAUAAAUAAUAAUUUUGUUUCACAUUUGUGAAAUGUUUGUCGGUGGAAUCGGGAAGUACUAACUGAAAGUAACGCCUCAUUAAGUCUUCAUCCUACCAAGUCACACAAACUACACCAUCUUGCGUUUAUUUUGUUUUUAAAAGAUCAGAAGUAGGUGUUUGCAAACCCGGUGCUAUUGAUGCACCCACCCAAUGACAUAAAUUAGCUUUCACAUCCAAGCAGACCGCCUCCAUGGUCUGGAGAAGAGAGCGUCUACCCGGAGAGUGAAAGGUACCAAAAGCCCUCUCCCACCUCACCUUACACCCUUUCAGACUUGUUGCAAGUACAGACCUGACAGGCCUCGUGACGAUGAAUCAUGUUACUGUAUUACGCAAGAUACAUAGCAGGAGGGUCACUUGUCGAGGCAGCCUUCAAUAGCCCAGUCAGUUUGACCUUAUCAGUGUUUGUCAACAUGGUAUGGUGUAUAGGUAUGGCUGAUUCAUUUAUUUGUGACGCAAGACGUAGGGGUUAUAUUCGCCGAUUAUUAAAUACUUAUUUUUUCUUACACCCUAUCGUAAUUACGCCAGGUUACUAUACUCUUAUCUAAUAUCUCCGCUUUCUGCAAAACCCUACAGUACAUUGUAACCCAAAUAUCAGAUUAAAGCGUUAACAAAUGA